AUGAACCACAAUCCAACUCAACUAAUUGCUGUUUUUCUCUGCCUGUCAUCCUCUGCGUAUGCACAAGCUUCUGAUACGUAUAACUACAAUUGGAGUGGACGGAUCGCUGGGAUUGUAGUCGUAUGCUGUGUAGCUACGAUUCGACGUCGACAUCGUUCGAUGCCUUUCGUCACCAAGCCCCCGACGAAUGCUCAACCAGGUCCACCUUACUCACUUCCAAUAUGGCAUGGAGCGCAGACAUAUGCACCUCCACCUCCACCUGGUCACCCGGCCAAUACCGCAAACAUGAAUCCAUACGAUAAUGAGUAUCCUGGAUCACAGCCCCCUCCCCCUCCCUAUGUGAAAGGAGAAGGAGCCAACAUGCCGCAGGAAACACAUUACUCCUCGCCCCCAGGUCCCCCGCCGGCUGCACAUACGGUGAGCCAAUGA